AUGACAAGGUUUGACGCGGCGCUUGCCUUGGAGCGUGAGGAAGCGACGCAAGCAACGCAAGCGACCGAAGGUUCAUCCUCCAUCAAGAUCGCCAGAAACAAGCCGAUGAGUCACGAAGCCAUCAAGAAAGCGCGCCGAUGCAUGCAGGCCGCGUUGGAAACCAUGGUGAGUCCAAGCUCAAUUUGAUACUGCUCACAGUAAAGUAAUUGAAAGGAUCAUAACACCCUCAAAACCAACCCAGAGCACUUCAUAUGCGCAAAAAUAUGGACUCCAAUUGUUUGCUGUGGUCUCUUCUGAGCUUCCUGAACUCAAUAAGGAGCGUUUCAUGGUCGCGAGCCCCGGUGGUUUGGCCUUUGCCUAUCGACAAGACUGGGGCGAUAGUUUGGGUUCAAGACAGCUGCUCUCCGACUUCGCGGAUUGCGUUACCGGUAGAGCGUUCUUGGAGGAAAAUAAGGCCGAAUUGGAAGCAGCUGGUCAGUAGGUGCACGCGCCGACAGACUAUUGUCACUUGCUGAUUGACGUCCGUUACGCUGUCACGCAGUUUGGGAGGCGCCACUGAAGGAAGCGAAUCUUGAAACAAAAGCCUCGUGGUACAGCACGAUUGUGAAAAAACUUUUCAGUGUGGACUAUGUUCUAACCGAGAUUUCAGUUGCUGCUCACUUGUUGACUGCUAACGAUGAGUCUUCUUCUCGGUGCAGAUGAUGCCGUGAUGCGACGUACCAAGAACCAAGGGCACGAAAACAAGAGCAAACCGCCCAGGUUGGUGUACGACCCAACCGCGCUCAUGCAACAGGCCAGUAUCGUAGUUGAAUGCGGCCCGAGCCUCAACUUGGAGACGGACUUCGCCAGCCCCAGGGCAAGCAAAAAAUGUCUGGGGCCGACUUGGAUCGUAUCAUUCCCCUGCUGCAUGCAGGAGAGUUGAGAUUCAGGCUAACGGAAGAGGUACUAGCGGAUGAAGAAGAUGAAGAUGGUGCAGCUAUCCCUGCCAACGGCCAAGAUGGCAGCGCGGUGAGCCGCCCCGAGUCCGACGAGCACUCUUAG